AUGGAGCCCACUUUCAACAUGUCCCCGGUCGACGGCCAGUGGGUUGGUGGCAUGGGUGGCAUGGGCGGGAUGGCGAAUUGGCAGGAUUUCGAAACGGCUAUUCAGUACCAGGCCGAUGGCCUUCCCCGCAUCCCGAACAGUUUGGGAAGCAAUUCCCCAACGGGAACGUAUCUCGAGGUUUUGUCGCUAGGAUCAGGCAGUGACAAUGGCUGGGCUCAGGUUGAUGUGUUCCAUCAGAAUUACGAUUCGUACCCACAGACGCAGCAGGCCCAAAAUGCUGCUAUUUUCAACCCAGGCCAGACUCUGCAUUUAAGGACCAACUCGGACUCUUCUCAGACCGACGGUAGCUCGCUUGAAUUUGGCAGCUAUGAGGAAGUGACCUUCCCAUACUCUCCAUUUUCUCCCGAGUCGGACACCUACAUUGAUACCACCAACAACCACCGCAACUGCUUCCACGGGGACAACCACCACCACUCACAUGAGAUAAUCAGCCCUACCGCUGCUGUAGCCCCAAUGCCCAUCAAGGCUACUCCUUCCACCCGAGCAACUCCUGCCAGUGGAUCCGGUGCAGGCUCCGCGUCAGGCUCCGCUUCACCGCCUGCAAGGAGGUCAUCAGGUCCUCGAAAGAGCCCAAUUACCAAGACCAAGGCAGUGAUCCGUAGAACGUCGACUGGCAAGAAGGAUGGCACUGGCGAGAAGAAGGUUGGACGACGUAGAGGCCCGCUGCUUCCUGAGCAACGCAAGCAAGCCAGUGAGAUCAGAAAAUUGCGAGCUUGUCUACGAUGCAAGUUCCUCAAGAAGACUUGUGACAAGGGAGAGCCAUGUGCAGGUUGCCAGCCUUCUCAUGCUCGUCUUUGGCAAGUCCCUUGCACUCGUAUCGAUAUCAAGGAUAUUGGCUACUUCAUGAAGGAUUGGAAGGCCGAUUACGAGCGCCACCUCGAUCGUGGUGUCUCUGUCUACAACGUCAAGGGCUUUGCUCAAAAGGAGACCAUCAUGUGGGUCACCCAUGGAUAUGGUUAUGCCCUGCCGAUCCCGGUCCGCGAGGUUUAUGUUGCAGAUGACAGCUGCUUCAGCGUCGACUGGGUUGAGUCUUGUCUGCAAGACCAGGAACCCAUCGACUUUGAGAUUCGCACCGAGAAGCUCGAUGUUGGCCAGGAUGGCGUCUCUAUGGAGGCCCUCUCAGAGUACCUCGACAAGCACAUCGACCAGUCGUUCGAGCACUUCAUUGAUGACCACUUCGAGGGCACUCCCUUCAUCACGGAGAUUCUCAAGACUGCUCACCGGUAUUACCAGAAGGAGAAGCUGCCUGUUAUCCGCAAGGCGCUCAAGCUUGUGCUGGCCUACAACCUCACCAUGCACAUCACAAUGAUUGAAUCUCAGGGUGAGGAGGCAUCUCUCGAAGGUACUAUCGAUGACGAGGACUCCAAGUUCUAUGGCAAAGUCGUUGCACCUGUCAUGAUCAACUUCCAGAUUAAGUGUGCCAUGGCCGAUAUGUGGCGUGAGCUGCAGAAGGACAUCCUUGAGGAGCUCUCCGCUCUGUACUCUAGUGUCUACAGCGGCGAUCGUCUCAAAAACUGGCCCACAAUCUUCAUGCUGGCCUCUAUUCUCCUGGCUGUCUGGGAGGAGAUGCAGUUCGACUGCCAUUACCGCGUUCCCGACCCGAAUGCGGUCAACAAGUUCUGCAGCGACAUGGAGACCACUCCAGUUGGUGUAAUUGUUGGCCUUUUCCACGCCAUCUCCCAGAAGCUCCCUUGCUUCACCGAGUGGGACACUCGCAGACACGGACAGUUGUUGAACAACAAUGUCGCAGUCUGCGAUGCCAUGACUGAAGUUCGGCAGCAUGUCAUCAAGCAUGAGUCGUACCUGCGAACACGGCCCGAGAGCAAGUUUGACCGUUACGAUUUCGACUCGCUGUCGAACAAGUUCCUGUCUAAGCUUGUCAUUCGCGCGUAG